AUGACUAAUAACUUGUGUAGACUAGCCGCUUUUUUUGCAUUGGUAGCUUCGGCGCCUUUGCUUUAUCAACACCGCAAAACAUGGAUCCUUCGUUCGCCGAAGCACAGCCCACCGUCAGUAGCUAUCCUGCGACCGUCACUGCCACUGUCGAGAGCGAGAGACAACUAUGAGAAAGCACGAAGCGUUUCUCACGAGCUACAAAAGGCCUUUGACGACCUCUCUCGCAAGUUAGAGCCCGACCUCGACCCAGAUGAAGAGCGAUACGAGCCCGAUGCGAGAUCCGGCCUUGAGCUUGCGUCGUUGGGGGUUGAGCUAGCCUUGAAGAAAAAGGACGAGCUUCAGCUGGAGCGACAGGUCAUUAUCGAAGAACGAUAUACCAACCUCAUCCAACCCCACAUAGUAGCGAAACGACUUCGAAACACCGACCACCGAUACCUCUCUGCUGGUGAUUAUUUGUGGAAACAGAAGCUGAAGAAGGCACGUUUUGACGAUCCUGGUGUCGUACGGUUGCUGGAUCCACGUGGUGGUAGCAUCUCUGCAUGUCUCUUGGCACUGUAUAAAAAGUGCGAUGGCGUUAGUAAGACUAAGAAACGGCCCUCUUCCUUUCGCUCUGACGCGCUGCGGUACUACGAUGGCGAGGUCGGGGGCAAGUGCCACGUCACGGGCUCUUGGUGGGACACGGACCUAGUCAAAGCUACGCAUAUCGUAUCCUUCUUUCUCGACAGCGACGAGCUCGGUGAGAUUUUGUUCGGCAGCCGAGCACCAUCGCUCCAACGGGCCGGAAACGCCCUUCUUUCGUUAGGCAAGAUUGAGAAGUGGUUUGAUAGCUACCAUCUUCUCAUCGUACCGGUUGAUGCAACGGAAAACCCCAUCACGCGCUGGAAAGUCGAUGUCAUCUCCUCUGACAUUCGAAACACAUCUUACAAUGGACCCAAAGACCUUAGUGGAGACUUGGAUGGAAAGGAGCUGCAAUUCCGCAACGACAAGCAGCCUGUCUCCCGGUUCAUGUAUUUCCAUUUCAUCAUGGCACUGAUCCGCAUUAAAGAUGUCAAAUGUCAGGGAUGGCAGGAUGUUUGGGCUCGGUACUACCAGCAAAGGCCUUUCCUAACCCCAGGUAACUAUAUGCGCCAGAGCAUGCUGCUUGCUCUGGCUACCCAUUUUGGAACAGCAGAAAUGCGCGUGGUGGAAUCGUGGAUUGUAGAUCACAGCUUUGAUUCGCCAUUGAUACUCAACGAUGACGAGAGCGCUGAAGCAGCUCGUCGUGUUCAUUUGGCGGUGGAUGAAGCUAUCGCUCGUGCGGAGAGAGGCCCAGAGGACGAGGAUAGCGAGAGCGAUGAGGAGGACUACGAGAACGAUGAUGAGUGA